AAUAAAUUUUAAAAUUUAUAUCAUAUAUAACGAAAUAACUUGAAAAAUAUUAAAAUCAAGCAUUAAUUAAUAUGGUCAAUAUUUUAAAACCUGAAUGUUCUUUUACAUCAUGGUAUCCUUUAUUUUGUAAAGAUUCUUUAAAAGCAACAAUUAUUUAUAUUCCUGACGAAGUUCUUAAAUAUUUGGAACAUGGUGCAUUUAUUUUACCUGUUGAAGCAACAAAUACAAUUUUACAAAAUGCAGAAUGGAUGGAUGGAUCUCCAGUAAUAAAUGAUGAGCAUUUAUUUGAGGUUCAACCAACAUUUCCACAAUUUAGUCAACAAAUUCAAAAUGUUAUAGAUGAAUAUGGUGCAGUUUUUAUAAAAAGUAAUUGGAGUUCACCUUUGGAUGCAACUUGGGUUGCACCAACUAAAACAUUAAAAUGCAAAACAUUGGAAGAAAUAUAUUUAUUAUUAAAAAGUUCAGAUAGAAUUGCUAAAGAUUUGAAUAAUGCAAAAAAUUAUUUGGAUUAUGAAACUCCUAUAAAAUCUUGUCUUAUAUUAAAGAAAUGGAGAGAUAUUAAUCCCUGUACAGAAUUUCGAUGUUUUGUAAUACAAAAUGAACUUAUAGCAAUCAGUCAACGAGACAUAUCACAAUAUCAUAGUUAUAAUGAAUCAGAAAAAUAUAACAUUCAAACAGAUAUCAAAAGCUUAUUUAUGGAACGUAUUAAAGAUAGAUUUCCAUUGAAUAAUUAUUCAUUUGAUGUUAUACGAUAUAAAAAAGAAAAAGUAAAAAUAGUUGAUUUUGGUCCUUUGGAUGAAUCUGUUGUCAAAGGAACACUUUUUACAUACGAAGAACUACAGAAUCUUGUAGAAAGUACUCCAGAAUUUAGAUUUAUUGGCGAAGAAAUUGGUAUUCAACCAAAAAUUCCAAAUCAUUUUUGUAUUCCACAAGAAAUAAAUGAAUUUUUUCAAUCUAAUGAAAAUACAAUGCUAUUAGACAUUAUUCAACAAGAGGUGGAAAAUCAACGAAAUGAAUUCGAAAAUGUUAAUUCUAAUAGUUUGGAACAUGAUUAAUGUACAUUUGAAAAACAAAAAAAUAAAUAAGUGAAUAAUUGUACACUUAAAAAACAUUUUUAAAUACAGAACUUUCACUUUUAUUCUGCCAGACCCUCUUCUAUCAUUACAUUACAUAAAACGAUUAAAGGCUAUCCUACCGCUUAAAAGAAUUAUCAUAAUAUUGCAAUAUUUUUCGAGUCAUCGGCCUUACCGAGCGAUGUCCUUUAUAUAGAAAAUAUCUUGUUUAUGUACAAUAUGCAAUCCUUAAUACUUCGAUUUGAAAAAGGAUUUUCGAUAUAUGUACCUCCGGACAAAUUAAUACGCUGUACAGUCAUAUCCACGGAGUAUUUUUUUGUUUUUUCUUCAUUAUUUUCUGACAAAAAAACAACAAGAGCGAGCAAUUACAUUGAUCGAUACUUAUCAAUUUCUGCGAUUUUACAUUUUACAUUUCCUGAUAUAUUUGCACAUGAAAAAUAUUUGAUAGUAGCUUUUAUAAUUGUAAAUGUUAUUUCAAUUCUUUUUUUAUUUUUAAUGAUUUAUCUAAUUGUCGAUAAUUCGAUAUAAUUUUUAUGAAUUUUAUAUAUCUAUUAUUUCAUAUAUCAAUUAUUAAAAAGAAAGAGAAAAGAAAAGAAAAUAGUUAUUUAUUUACUAAAAUUUAAGAGAGGUUUUAGAUGCCAAUAUCGACAGUAAGAGUUAAAAAUAUUUAAACUAUCUAACAUACAACUUUACUAUAGAAUUAAUUAAUAUUUUAAUUCGUGAGUGUACGCAUUCAUUGUAUAAUCAUAUUUUGGUUGUCUGUUCAGAUGUAUAUGACGUGUAUACAAGUACUUCAUCAUUUAAUAUUUAUAAAUUUAAGUUACAAUUUCAUCUCUUUACGACUAGACUCUCAAUCAUACAAUUAUACAAUCAAUUAAAAAAAAUAAGAAAAUUAUUAUAAUCAUAUUUUUCUACAAAAUACAUAUUAAUAUUCUGACGUUAAUCAUAAAAAAUGUAUUGGUAAUUCGAAAAUAAAUUUUCAGUUUAAAUGAAUAAAAUGAAUGGCAAAAUCAAUCCAUAAAAUAUCAUAUAAGAUCAUGUAAUUUUUUUUUAGAUUUUUUAAUUUCCAAGUUAUACUGUACCAAUGGUUUUUGUACGGAUUUAUAACAGCAGAACGAUCUUAAAAGUCUAAAUUCAAUAGUUUCAGUUCGAAACAUGCGUGUAUCAGAAUAUGUGAAAAUAACGAGGCCUUUAGCAUUCAUCGAAAUUACAAAGGAAUAAUAUGUAAUCGUAUGGAGAAAACUACGAAGUUUGCAAGUUUAUGCAUAAUUUUUUUCACUUAACGCUAGUCAAAUAUUUACAUAUAAAUGCUGAUGCGAGUGUAUUCACAUGUAAAUAUCGAUUCUACGUUAAAUAUAAUUAAUGAUGCGUUAGAUCGAACCGUAGUCUUCAUUGAACAAACAUUUUCCGACUGGUCGUGUAUCUCGAAAAUAUGUAUUAUUAAUGUUUUAUAUAAUUACAGUACAUAUGUAUAAUGGUAAUGUCUAGAAAAGAAAUGUUCCCUUCAUUCGUAUUUUUCUUUACUGCAUUUUUUUAAAUGUAUAUACAGAGAAGCAGAUCUUUCAUGAUUCUCUUGCUUUUUUCGGACAUGACUGUACUGGUGUCUAUAUUAUUUUUUCCCUUUUUUCCCGUUUUUUUAUUUUUAUUUAUUUAUUUUUUUAACAACUUCGUCCUCGGUUUAUGUGGCUUUUCGUCUCUCUUCGGUUUCUUCCGUCCUUUUCUAAUUAUUUAAUUUCUCGAUUUUCAAUUGAUUUGUGCUAAACGACAAUAUGUAUUUUAAUGAAUGUACGUUUUGCAGUGCACGGCCGUUUUGUUUACACAUUCUCUCUCUCUCUCUCUCUCUCUCUCUCUCUCUCUCUCUCUCUC